GCUGGCCGUGUACCGCCAUGGCGCACAUCACCAUUAACCAGUAUUUGCAGCAGGUGUGUGAAGCAAUUGACAACAGAGCUGGACGAUCGUGUGCAGAGUUGGUAUCAUUUCAGCACCCUCAUGUUGCGAAUCCACGGCUUCAAUUGCCCUCUCCAGAAGAGAAGUGUCAGCAAGUUUUGGAACCCCCAUAUGAUGAAAUGUUUGCAGCUCAUUUAAGGUGUACUUACGCAGUGGGAAACCAUGAUUUCAUAGAAGCAUACAAAUGCCAGACUGUGAUCGUUCAAUCAUUCCUGCGAGCAUUUCAAGCUCACAAAGAAGAAAACUGGGCUUUGCCUAUCAUGUACGCAGUAGCACUUGACCUUCGAAUAUUUGCCAAUAAUGCAGAUCAGCAGUUGGUAAAGAAAGGAAAAAGCAAAGUUGGGGACAUGUUGGAAAAAGCAGCUGAGUUAUUGAUGAGCUGUUUUCGAAUCUGUGCCAGUGACACUCGUGCUGGAAUAGAGGAUUCUAAGAAGUGGGGGAUGCUGUUUCUGGUGAAUCAGUUAUUUAAGAUUUACUUUAAGAUCAAUAAACUCCAUUUGUGUAAACCUCUAAUUAGAGCAAUUGACAGCUCAAAUCUGAAAGAAGAUUAUAGCAUUGCACAGAAAGUUACGUACAAAUACUAUGUUGGACGCAAAGCUAUGUUCGACAGUGACUUUAAACAAGCUGAGGAGUACCUGUCGUUUGCCUUUGACCGAUGCCACCGCUCAAGUCAGAGGAACAAACGGAUGAUUCUCAUCUAUUUGCUUCCAGUGAAAAUGCUGCUGGGUCACAUGCCAACUAUUGAACUCUUGAGGAAGUACCAUCUUAUGCAGUUUGCCGAAGUAACUAAAGCUGUAAGUGAAGGCAAUCUCCUACUACUGAAUGACGCUCUGACAAAGCAUGAAACCUUUUUUAUUCGCUGUGGCAUUUUCCUUAUUCUUGAGAAACUGAAGAUCAUCACCUACAGGAAUCUUUUUAAGAAAGUGUGUUUGUUACUGAAAACACACCAGCUGUCUCUAGAUGCUUUUCUCGUUGCCUUGAGAUUCAUGCAAGUAGAAGAUGUGGAUAUUGAUGAAGUCCAGUGUAUUCUGGCUAACCUCAUAUAUAUGGGCCACAUUAAAGGCUACAUAUCCCAUCAGCAUCAGAAGCUAGUUGUGAGCAAGCAAAACCCGUUCCCUCCACUCUCAACAGUGUGUUGA